CAAAAAACAAGGGCAUGCAACAAUCUGCUAUGUAACAUGGGUCCCAAUUGAAGCUAGCAAAAGGAAAGUUUAUAGUUUUGGAGAGCAUCAUAAUAAGUUUGCAAAUUUUGAUGUUUACCACUGUUUGGUGGAAUCUUCACCACCUGCAAUAGCACAACCACCUUUGAAAAAUAGGAGUGGAUCUGCACAUAAGAUGUUGCUGGAAUUUAUUGCUGGCAUUUUCACAACCAUGGUACUGGCCUCACUCUAUUUCCUCUUCAGGAGAAAGGUCAUUCCAUUUCUCAAGUCUUUGAAAGGAAAGGAGCAGAGCAGCUUUAAAUAUGACAAAAUAUCAUUAAGGCAUUUUGAUUUUCAGGAACUAGAGAGAGCCACCAAAAAUUUUAGUCAAGAUUGCUUGUUGGGUUCUGGUGCAUUUGGAAAUGUCUACAAAGGAACCUUUGACUUAGAAGGAACACUAGCCAUCAAGAGAGCUCAUUCUGAAUCAUUCUCAACUGUGGAAGAAUUCAGAAAUGAAGUUAGGCUCCUUUCAGCUGUAAAGCACAAGAAUCUUAUUGGUCUGGUUGGAUAUUGUGAAGAACCAGAACGAGGUGGAGCCAAAAUACUAGUCUAUGAAUAUGUUCCAAAUGGUUCACUGCUCGAGUAUAUCAUGGGAAACAGAAUGAGCUUAACUUGGAAGCAAAGAGUAAACAUAGCAAAUGGAGCAGCAAGAGGCAUAGCUUAUCUGCAUGAAGGGGUGAAGCCAAGCAUAAUACAUCGCGACAUCAAACCAAGUAACAUCCUAUUAGGGGAAGGUUUUGAGGCUAAGGUUUCAGAUUUUGGACUAGUAAAAUCAGGGCCAACUGGAGAUCAGUCACAUGUCAGCAGCCAGAUUAAGGGGACACCAGGGUACCUUGACCCUGCCUAUUGUUCAAGCUUUCAUUUGACCAAAUUCAGUGACGUUUAUAGCUUUGGUAUCAUACUUCUGCAACUUGUUUCAGCUAGACCUGUGGUGGAUUCCACUGAAAAACAAAGUAUUCAACAUAUUAUUGACUGGGCAAGACCAAGCUUAGAGAAGGGUAGUGUUGAAGGAAUCAUGGAUGCAAAUCUACUAUGUCAAAGUGAGGCAUGCAACAUGGAAGUUAUGCUAAAGAUGGGGCAACUUGCUUUAAGAUGUGUGGUUGAAGAACCAAAACAACGACCUACAAUGACCCAGGUGUGUCAAGAAUUGGAGCAAGCCCUCUACUCAGCUGAUAGCUUCAAUAACAAGCAGUCUUCAAAGGAAUUCUUUACACCAACUGGCUCAUCCCAGCCAUCAACAAAUUCAGAGUCUCAGGGAUCAGUUGAUUUAUACGAUUGUUCACAAAGCUUUGUUAGUAUUAACGGUGUUGGAUUUCAGAAAUUUCAUGUUGAUAUUGAUAGUUUAUCCUUUAAGAGCACAGACUUAAGGUGUCUAGAAAAUAAUAGUAUUAGUAUUGACAUGGAUAGAAUUUAGUUAGUAGUAGUUUUAGCAUUGACGAGCAAUUUGAGGAGAAUACAUGAGAAUGAGAUCAUAUUCAAGAUAUGAUAUGACCUUAAGUGAAUCUCAUUCAUCACUCUUUUUCCUAUAUUGGAAAUCAUGUAGAUAACUUGAUAUGGAUAACUUCAAUGAAGCUCAACAUUGUGAUUUGUGUGUAUGUACAUACAUUGCCCGGAGAUAGAAUAUUACUAGAGCAAUUUACUCAAAACUUGACAAAAAAAAAUGAACUCUAAUUUUUUCCUAUUCAAGCU